AUGUUUGCCAGAGCCGGUGUCAAUGCUGCCCGUACCGUGGGUAUGCAAUCAAGAAACUAUGCUACCUUGCGUGAAAUUGAAAUGCGUUUGAAGUCUAUUAAGAACAUUGAAAAGAUCACCAAGACCAUGAAGAUUGUUGCUUCUACUCGUUUAGGUAGAGCUCAAAAGGCCAUGGCCCUUUCCAGAGUUUACGACGAAGCCGACAGCGAAGUUUACACCCACGCUGAAUCUGCCAAGGUCGAACAACCAGCCGAACCAAAGUCUUUGAUCAUUGCCGUUUCUUCUGACAAAGGUUUGUGUGGUUCUAUCCACUCACAAAUCGGUAAGGCCACCAAGAAGAUCUUGGCUGAAAAGCCAACUGCCGACGUUGUGGUUGUCGGUGACAAGAUCAAGGCCCAAGUCCAAAGAUCCAACUCUGAAUCCAUUGUCUUGGCCUUCAACGGUACCGGUAAGGCUGCCCCAACUUUCGUCGAAGCCUCUUUGAUUGCCGAUGAAAUCUUGAAAUUGCAAGCCCAAAAGAAGUACGACAGCGUUGAAAUCUUGUACAACAAGUUCGUCUCCUCCGUUUCUUUUGCCCCAACCGCUAAGAACUUGUACAACGAAGAAACCAUCAAGCAAUCCAAGGGUUUGAGUGCUUACGAAUUGGACGAAGACUCCAACGUCCCAGUUGCCAUGUCUGAAUUCUCUUUGGCCAACUCUCUUUUGGUUGCCAUGGCCGAAGGUCACGCUGCUGAAAUUUCUGCCAGAAGAAACGCUAUGGAUAACGCUUCCAAGAACGCUGGUGAAAUGAUCAACAAAUACUCCAUUCUUUAUAACAGAACCAGACAAGCUGUCAUUACCAACGAAUUGGUUGAUAUUAUUACUGGUGCUUCUUCUUUGGAUUAA